AUGCAGUCUGAGCUUUUAUUUGCCUAUUGCUGCCUUAUUUCAGUUGGUUGCUACACGAAUACAUUCAAUAUAGGCAUUCUUCUCGAAGAAGGAAGUCAGGAGUACAUUCAGGAAGCUGUUGACAUCAUUGAAAAAGCGGUUAACGAACGAAUUUUUACGUUAUUUCGGGAUUGCUCAUUUCAUCCAAUUUUCACGUUUGUGAGCAGCAAUAAUUUUGAGCAAUUGCGGCAGAAAGUCUGUGAGCUCAGCGAUGCAGGUGCAGUGGUAUUACUUGGGCCAUCUAACAGAGAAUUUGCUAUGCUCAUAGAACCUUUAUGCCGAGAAUUGGGUAUCGCCUACAUAAAGUAUCAUUGGGAUCCUGUUUACUCAAAAGCUGAAGAGACGAACAGCUCGUACGUCAUCAAUCUUUUUCCAACAUCUCAGUAUAGCAUCCUCUUGGAUAGGUUGCUUUCACACUGGAAAUGGGAUUAUUUCACGUUUGUUUAUACAAAUAAAGAAGCCCCCAGACAGCUCAGCCCAGUGCUCUCACGCACCGUAGUCACUCCCUCACUUCUGAUGGUCGACGAUUCCACUGAACAAGGAUUGAUGAUAGCAGCCCUGGCUCUAAGAGGCAUUUGCGAUCGGCGCUUUUGUUGGGUGAAGAGGAAUAGAGUUAUCAUCGAUAUGAGUCCCAACAAUACCCUCAGAUUUCUGGACGCUGCGCUUAAAUUAGGAAUGAUCAGUAUACACAACUGGUUUGUCGUCAGCAGUCUGGACGACUUGGAUAAUCAUCUUGAACAAUAUGUACACAAUACCAUGCGCCUAUCACUUAUAACAAUUUGGAAAGGCGACAUCGAUCCCCUCAUUCACGAUAGGGAUAAGAUCAAGGAACUCUAUAAUAGCUGGCUACGAAAAAUAGGGCAUUCAAGAAUAACCCCUUUCAAAGAUUUUGCAUAUAUUUUCGACGCUAUCCUCACAUCUUGUCAUCUCAAUCAUCCUCUACCGAAAGCUCGCUCGUGUAGAUCUUCAUCUACAUCGAAUAACUCUAAGUCGUUGCAUGUGCGGACUGUUCGCGGUUUGACUGGCUUGUUGUCCUUCAACGACAACGGGGAUCGACUGGACAAUCAACUUCAAAUCUGGGAAUUCGGAAUGGAUGGCACAGCUCUAAAUACCGGAACUUGGUCAUCGGAUCGCACCGGAGCGAAGCAACUGACCAUGAGAGCUGCGAGUAUUCCUGGCACGCAGGAGUACGAUAUUAAUAGGCGACAUCAGGCUCGUGUUCUUCGCGUUUCUACAAUCGCAGAGCGGCCAUACAUCAUGGAAAAAGUUUUGCCAAAUGGAAAGGCCGCACCCUUUUCACUCUAA